AUGCUGUUCGUAAAGUUCCCCAUCCUCGCAAGCCUCGUAGCCACCUCCACGGCCAUCGACUUCCGCUGGUACGCACAACGCGGCUGCAGUGGUCACUACUGGCAGUGCACCAACAUCAACCCGGAUAGAUGCUGCUCUGUCGGCCGUCAAGACACGAACUCGGCCAUCAGCUGGAAUGCAAUACCUUCCGACUGGAACAUCCUUGGGCUUGGGUACUGGCAGGAGGGGUGCAAUGGCACAGUGGCCGGGUCUGGGCAGAGCGGGGGCAGUCCCGAUUUGUGUUUUCCCACGCCCCAAUACCGAGCGGGCAGGUAUUACUUCGCCAGCGCAAGGUCCAACAUACAAGAGAAUCUCGCGGAGAAUGGCGAGCCGUGCCAAAAGCCUGACCUCAUUGUUUACGAGGAUGGUACGGAUUUCGACCUUACCGAGCUAACUAACGAGCAGUAUGCCCAAGUGGUAAGCAAAAGUCCCCCCUAUGAUAAUCGAAACAUGGUUUUCUGA